AUGGCUAGCUCAUCUGCCUCAUCGGAUCCGGUAUACGCUGCCCAAGGAAAGGCCAUUGUGGCGUCGGGAAAGGAGGUAUCUUCAUCUCUAGAGAAUACAGUACCACAUGUUAUGCAGGAUCAAGCCAGAAGACUUGAGCUUAACCCCACAGAGCUCAAAAUCCAGUAUCAGGCCGAUCACUCUAUUUAUCGCCAGAAACUGGACAAAGAGGCAGAGAAUAUGUUCCCACAAGCUCUUCAGGGGCAAAAGAGGGUGCUAGGCAUGCCCAAGAACAUCACAUUUGAGCUUCUCCUGGAUGAGAAAGUAAAGGCCCGAGCACGCUUUCCAAUGCGUGUUCAAAUAUACCCUCAUGACACCACAGACUCUAUCGUCAUCACGGUCAAAAGUUUCUAUGGCAUCUACGAUUACACUAUCAGCGGAGUGAACUUCGAGGAUGAAAAUGGGACCACCCUCCUCGCAAGGUACGAAAACUUGAAAAAAUAA